CGUCACGUGGUUGGUGAAUCUCAGUAUUAUGUUCUUUUCAGGAAGUAGUUGUUGUGUGAGUGUUUCGGUUUAAUCUGUUUUUGAUCCAAAACAAAGUGUUGAGUGACUGCGCGGAGGCCAAUGAAAAACAGAUAGACCCCCAGAAAUGCCCGUUCCAUACCCCGAUAUUAGGUUAAAGUGACACCGAGACACAGAAACCGGCACACAGACACAGAGCCGCUGUGUCAGGCAGGGACAGAGAGAGAGGCCCGCUGCCUGAUCGCAAAGCCUCUGGCUGGAUUAAACGGGACUCACCGGCUACCGGCAAACUGGAACUGUGGCUUCUUUCUUUUUAACUGACCUUCAUUCCAUGUGGGAGAGUUCUGCUGUUCAAAGUCGCCAAAAUAGCCGUGUCAGGUAGAAAGCGACAAACCUCUGAGCCAGACGCGAUCAGCGGUUGCAGCGGACAGUCUGUGACCACCAAGCGGCUCAAGAUGGCCAGCACCGCUGAGGCUGGGGGGCGCAGAAGACGUGGCCUGGAGGACACUUCAAGCGAAAAGAAGCAGAAAGACAAGGCAAACCAAGAGAGCAAAGAUGCAGCGAGAGCCGUGAGCAGAGAGGCAAGAAAAGAUGUUUUUUUUGAUUGGAAACAAAACUCCAAUGAGAUAAUCGUGAAGCUCAGACCUGGAGAAGGGGUUGUGAAGGUGGAGGAUGUGGAUGCUGCAUUUACAGACACAGCCUGUCGGGUCCAGUUUCCAGAUGGACGCCAGUGGAGCUGCAACUUCUUUGCAGAGAUUGAGAGUUCCUGCAGCAAAGUUCAGUACAAAGAGAAAGGAAACGUGCUGCAGCUGGUUUUACAGAAGAAGAUCCCCUUCAAUGCUUGGCCCUCUAUGAUGGACAAGAAGAAUAAAGACCCUGUGAUUUUACAGACAGAAAAUGGAAAAGAGGGUUCGUUGAAGACUGAAAAAGUGGAGGAAGAAGAUAGUGCCCCUGUACCAUCAGAGCUGAAGGAACAGAAGAGGCCCAAAGACUGGGGAAUGAAACAUGCAAUAAAAACUAAACCAUCACAAGUGUGUGAGACAGGAUCAAAGGGCACUGGGACUACACAGACAGCUGGGAAAAAAACAGAGGCACAAGCUGAGCCCAGCAAGAAGCGUAUAAUCCGCACAAAAGAUUUUAAGGUCCCUGAGAGAGACACCACUGCAAAGGUAUUGGGGAAUAGCAAAAACGAGUGCGCCCCGGACACGGGAAACUCAGCCCACUGCAGUGGGAGGAGUAAAUGCAAGAGGAGUGGCAAAGAUUCUCUGGUGGAGAAAAUCGCUGAAUGUAAACCUGCAGAGGCGGAGAUGAUGGAGGAGAAAGUUCUCAGUGCAGCUUCGCAGGGCCCCUCUUCCACUCAGGGCUCCAGGAAUGGGGAGAGUGAGAUGAAGGAACAAUUGGUUGGAGAUUUGGAGCCCGACAUGUGUAGGAAUGACAGGGGAGACUCUGAAUCUGAGGUUGGGAAAGGGACUUCAGAAGUUCAGGAGGCUGAAACUGUCCAUUUAGGUUCUGGAGAACAAUCAACGCCCUCUAAAGAUUCAAUUUCUACAAUGGAAGGAGAAUCUGAAAAAGUGGACGAGUCAAAAGAGGACACUUUGGAAGAGAAACCUGAAAUCCUGGAGCCAAUGGUGAACUUGGCGUUUGUGAAGAACAGCUCGUACGAGAAAGGCAACGACCUUCUGGUGGUGAGCGUGUACCUGAAAGAGAUCUGCAGGGAGACGGUGAAGGUGCUCUUUCGAGAGCAGGACUUCACAGUCAUCUUUCAGACCAGUGAUCAGAAUUUUUUGCGGUUUCAUUCAAGCUGUGGACCAAACACAGUCUUUAAAUGGCAGGUGAAACUCAGUAAUCUUAUACACCCUGAGCAGUGUUCCUAUUCUUUCACCCCAUCCCGACUCGAUAUCACGUUGAAGAAGAGGCACAGCCAGAAAUGGGGAGGGCUGGAGGCUCCAGCAACACAAGGACACCCCAAACACACUGGGCUAAUAUUGACACUUGCUGGAGAGGUGGGACUGGAGCUGCAGAAAUCCAGCCAUGCAGAGGGUCCGCGCACUAAGACAUCAAGCUCUUGUGCAGUGGGUGGCGCCAAGGUGGCUUUGUCUACAGGACCUGCUUCUCUUGAAAAGACUCAACCUGGGAGUAGCCAGCACACUCUGCCAAGCAAAGAGGAACCAAGGUCUGCCGAGAAAGAAAAGCCACGCACUGAGGAUGGUGUUCCGAUUAAACAGGAGCCCCUUGUAACAUCACCCAAGCCGACCUGCAUGGUGCCCCCGAUGAGCCACUCUCCAACGGGCAGUGAGCACCUCGAGGAGGUGGAAGAGAAGAUGGUGUGUCUGCCGGGAUUCACAGGACUGGUCAAUCUCGGAAACACCUGCUUCAUGAACAGUGUUAUCCAGUCCUUGUCCAACACUCGCGAGCUGCGUGAUUACUUCCAUGAUCAAGCUUUUAAAACGGAGCUAAAUUGCAGUAACCCCCUGGGGACUGGAGGCCGUCUAGCCAAUGGGUUUGCACGGUUGCUGCGGACUCUUUGGAAGGGAACGUACGAUGCCUUUCAGCCCUCUAACCUAAAGGCUAUAGUGGCAAGUAAGGCCAGCCAGUUCACGGGUAACGCACAGCAUGACGCCCAGGAAUUCAUGGCAUUCUUAUUAGAUGGGCUUCACGAGGACCUGAAUAGGAUCCAGAAUAAACCGUAUACAGAGACUGUGGAUUCGGACGGGAGACCAGAUGAGGUUGUGGCAGAAGAGGCCUGGCAGCGGCAUAAAAUGAGGAAUGAUUCCUUCAUAGUGGAUCUGUUCCAGGGCCAGUACAAAUCUAAACUGGUCUGCCCUAUAUGCUCGAAGGUGUCCAUUACAUUUGACCCUUUCCUGUACCUACCAGUCCCAUUGCCUCAAAAACAAAAAGUGCUGACAGUCUUUUACUUUGGCAAGGAACCUCAUAAGAGGCCAAUUAAGUUCCUGAUGAGUGUCAGCAAGGAGAAUUCCAGCACGUCUGAAGUGCUUGAGUCCAUCUCCAAGAGUGUGAGGGUUAAACCAGAGAACCUGAGGCUUACUGAGGUCAUUAAGAGUCGAUUCCACCGUGCGUUCCUUCCCUGUCACUCGCUGGAUGCAGUUUCUCCCUCAGACACUCUCUUCUGUUUUGAAGUACUGUCCAAUGAUCUGGCUAAAGAGAAAGUGCUUAUCCUACAGGUCCAGCAGAGGCCCCAGGUCCCCUGCAUCUCCAUCAGUAAGUGUGCUGCUUGUCAGAAGCCCCCGCAGGCGGAGGACGAGAAGGUGAAACGCUGCGCUCGCUGUUACCGCGUCGGGUACUGCAACACGACCUGUCAGAGAACCCACUGGCCUAAUCACAAAAAUCAGUGCAAGCCAUAUGCUGAAAACAUUGGCUGUCCAUUCCUGAUCAGUGUCCCCAAGUCUCGAUUAACAUACUCUCGCCUUGCCCAGCUGUUGGAAGGGUACUCUAGGUACUCUCUGAAUGUGUUCCAGCCCCCAAUCCAUUCAGGUAAAUUGUCCCCGGAACCGAGCAAGUGCAGAGCAGAUCUGCCCCCGCAGGUCCUUGAAAUACCAGACGGCUGCUGUAAGGAGGGCUAUCUGGAUCAGACCAAGGAGCAUGAAAAGGGUAUUCAGUCCCUGGAACCAGACAUGUGCCAGGCUGCAGGGGACUCGAAGAGGGAUAACGAUUGCACCCUUACUGUCGACUCUGGGUAUUCCAGUCAAUUACAUGAGUCCCAGGAACAAGCUGGCUGCGAGAAGGAAACAUCCUGUGAGAAAGCAGUGAAACCUGAAGCUGCAGUCACAGGUUACCAGAAGCCUACAGAGUCACUAGUCAGCUGUGCAUCACAUUUCUACAUCUCUGUCAUUGAUUCAGCGAAGAAUGAGGAAAAACUUGAGGACAAAGGCGAUGCAGUGUUGGAUAUACCUGAAGACUCCUCUCUGGUCCUGGUGUGGAAGAAUAAUGAGCGGAGCAAGGAGUACGUCUUGAUCGAGUCAAAGGAGCUGGAGUAUGUGGAGGACCCAGGCUCGGCCAGCGAGGCAGCCAGAGCAGGACACUUCACCCUGGAGCACUGCCUCAACCUCUUCACCAGGCCUGAGGUGCUUGCACCCGAAGAGGCAUGGUACUGCCCCAAGUGCAAGCAGCACAGAGAGGCAUCUAAGCAGCUCAUGCUCUGGAGACUUCCCAACGUCCUGAUCAUCCAGCUGAAGCGUUUCUCCUUCCGCAGUUUCAUCUGGAGGGACAAAAUCAAUGACAUGGUUGACUUCCCUGUCAGAAGCCUGGACCUGAGCAACUUCUGUAAUGACCAGAAGGACGACACUCAGCCUCCCAUCUAUGACUUGUAUGGUGUGAUUAACCACUAUGGUGGAAUGAUUGGGGGGCAUUACACUGCAUAUGCUCGCCUGCCCAGCGACAAAAACAGCCAACGCAGUGAUGUAGGAUGGCGUCUUUUUGAUGACAGCACAGUGACCACGGUGGAGGAGAGCCAGGUCGUGACACGCUAUGCCUACGUGCUCUUCUACCGACGCCGCAACUCUCCCCUGGAGAGACCAUCACGAUGUCCAGCCCCCCACAGUGCAGAAUCACCAGCAACGGCCGAAGCCGGCGCCAGUCAGGCUUCUCUAAUAUGGCAGGAACUGGAGGAGGAGGAGGAUGAGGGGGAGGAAGGAGCCCAGGCGCAGACAGGAAGAAUCGGGCAACUCCGAUCCCGGGCCACACAAGAGUUUGCAGCGCUGAAAGGUUUCCCAGAUUACUCGGAUGAAGACUAUGUCAGAUAUUUUGUCCUUGGCACCUUUGCAGCAGUGGUAGCCCUGGUUAUCAAUGUUUUCUAUCCAUUGAUAUCUCAGGGUCACUGGAGCUAGAGAAGCAAUGCACAUGCACACAGUGUUGUUAAGGUGGGCAGUGAGGACCACCUUUCUUUUCACACUGACAUCAAUUGUUUUGUUUUACAAAUCAAACCUCCAUCCAAGGUCUGUGAAUUGUAAUGUAGUUAUACCUAGAGUGAUGUCCAUGAAUGUUGCAUCUGUUCGUUUUUUCUUGGCACAAAUAAGAGUAAGAGAAUAAGUUGUUUUUUUCUUAUUUGUACCAUUUCAUUUUGUUGAAACGCAAGUACUAAUAUUAAUAAGAAUGCUGAAAAUGUCAAGGUGUUGUGGUUUUUUUUUUUUUUUUUUUUUUGUGGCUCGCACUGUAUUUUUGGGCAUGCUGAGAAAACAAAAAGUCUGCACUGCCCACGACAUGUGAAGUUGAACCCUUCCCUCCAGUAUUGAUAUUUAUCCAGUAGCUUUUUCUAAGUAGCACUGAGAAGUAUUGCCCUGAUUUCCUCAGGCACGUUGUCUCGUCAGGAAAACUUAGUACUUUGCAUUCAAAGGCAGAUGUGAUUUUUUUUAUUUUUUCCCCAGGGUCACUCUUGUAAAUGAGGUGCUACACCUCAAGAGGUUUUAAAGAAUAAAAUAUAUAUAUCUGUGUUUUAUAUAUAUAGAAAGGUAGAACCAUUGUUUUUUUUGUUGUUAAAUACAACCUUACUUUGCUGGUCCUCUUUGUAUUUAAUGGAUAUAUUGCUGAAGUGUAUUGCAUUGAUGAAAAUAUAUUUAUAGUUAUAAAUAAUCAUCCCUAAAUUAUACCCUAUGCAAUACUGUAUGAAGGGUUUUUAAUUUAAUUCCUUGAAUUGUCUGGGGUAAGACGGUUUUAAUUUGCUAUGUUGCGACAUUGUUCUCCUAACUGUAAAAUAAGUGUAGGGCUUAGGGGGGUUUUGCCAUGUUAGUGCAUUACUGUAACUUUAUUUAUUUAUUUGUUUGUUUGUUUAAAUUCAGCUUUGGUGUGUGAUUUGCCUUUUUUUUAAGUCAGCUGUUUUAUUUCAUUAAUACCAAGCCAAGAGUUUAGGGCAGUCUGUGUGGGGUCCACGCUUUAUCUGUAUAGUGUGGCAUCAAAGCAGUUGGACUAAUCUGACUCAGGGAUUUUAAAAGUUCAGGUCACCAUCUGGUUCACAUUUUCCACUUCUGUAAAUUGCUAUGUUGGUUAACUGCUAAAAGAUUGUAUAGUAUACCAGAACAUUGCAAAGUCGAUCCACACUUAUGUCCUAUUUACAGCCCUUUGUCAUGUUUUUAAUUGAAUUUUUCUCCCGUGCUUACUGAGACUGAAUGUUUGAUCUACAUGGUGCUGGUGUCAAUGUAAACAGAUACAGUUUAACACUAACAAUUGAUUAUAUUGUGUAAAAUGUUUAUAUUUGAAUGUCUGGAUAAGUGUGUGUGUGUAUGUAUAUAGUGCAGGUAAAGAA